AUGCAGACGAGCGUCGCGGUGUCGGAGGCGCUCGAGGCGGGGAAGCUGUCGUCCGCGCCGGAAGAUGGCGCCCUCGACUUCGCUGUGGCGUGGGUUGCCGUCGUCGUCGUGUCGCUGGCCGUCGCGGCGGCGUGCGUGGUCGUUUCCUUCGACGCGCGCGCGCGGCAGCCGGGGCGGCUCCGGCGGGUGCACGACCUCGGCCCGUCGAUGCGGGGCGCGCGCCUGCUGCUCGCCUUCUUCGCCGGGCUCCUGGCCGCCGCCGAGAUUCUCCGGCUCCCGUUCUUCCGCCGGGCCGUCGCGUCCCCGCGGCGCCACGUCGUGCCCUGCCUCGCCUACCCGCUCGUCGCCCACGGCGUCGCCGAGCCGUGCUUCCUCGCCACCGUGCUGCUGCUGCUGCGCGCGUCGACCGGACGCGCGCGGCUGCCGGCGGCGGCGCUCGCCGUGCCGCUGGCGUGCCUGCCCUUCCUCACCGGGCACGUGGCCAUCCUCGUCGUGCCGGCGGGCGUCGCGGCGUACCCAGGCCAGCUCGCGCACGCCGCGGACGUCGACGAGCACUGCGCGUACCCGGCGUACGCCGCCACGCUGCUCCUCGCGCUCGCCGCGGUGUACGCGCCGCUGCUCGCGUCCGCGUGCUGGACCGUCGCCGCGGUCGCCAUCAACCGGCGGAUGCGCGCGAGGGCGUACGCGCUCGUCGCGCUCGUCGUCGUGCCGUUCCCCGUGCAGGUGGUGGCGCUCGCGCUCACCUCCGUGUGGGAGACGCCGCGCCGCACCUCGCCCACGGUCGGCCUCGUCGGGUUCCUCGCCGCGGCCAUAGCCGCCGGGGCCGCGCUGGCGAUCCUCGUGCUGCUGCCCAUCUACGACGCGCUCGUCCUCGGCGAGGAGGAGCAGCUCCCGCUGGCGCCGGUGGCUGCUGCCGGCGAGGAAGCACGCGAGCUCGACAGAUGAGAGGACAUUGCCUUGUAUAUUUUUUUUGUUCUAGUUUUUAUAACAGUUAAUUCUGCAAUGCACACUUUGUAGUACACAAUAAUAAUA